UGUUAAAAAGGCUAAGCACAUUUCAUAAAAUUAAUUCGGUACAUUUGAUGCACCCUUGGAAUUUAGAAAUAGGAGCGCACAUUCUCAAAUUUGUGGCCGUUGCCCUCUUUCAAGCUCUUAUCUUGUUUCCUUUUAUGUAAGCCAGCCAUUACUUCACCUUAUCCACUCUCUCUGAUCUCUCUCAUUACAAGACUCCCAUUUCCCAUCUGAUCCCUAUCUUCUUCUCCGCUAAUCCUCGCAAUCGGGGGCAGACAUGGCGAUCGCAUCAGCUGCUCUCUCUCCGGCCGUAGUCACCGUCGGGGGCGCCGGCGGGAAAGCCCAGAAGAGGAGAUCGAACAGGGCUUUGUACAUACGAGGCUUGAAUUCCUUUGGGGGUUUGAAAGCCCACAACGGUGUCGCCUCUUUGGGUCUGCCGGAGUGCACCGAACGGUGCUUUGCGAAGGUGGUGAGCUCCCUGAAACCGCCGUCCCGGGGCAGAGGCAGCGGCGGAGGUGCGCUUUCUUCUACGUGCAAUGCUGCGGCAGAGAUUUUUAGGAUUGCGGCGAUUAUGAAUGGCCUGGUUCUGAUGGGGGUUGCAGUUGGUUUCGUUCUUCUGCGAAUGGAAGCGUUUGUGGAGGAGUCUGAGGAAUGAGUUUUUUUUUUAAAAAAGAAAAAUAUGCAGGCUUGAAUGCUUGAUCACUUCUGUUUAAUCUUUUUAUUAAUAAUCGUAUCCUCUGAAUCGAUAAAUUUAGUGUUGAAAUGUUGAAUUGCUUCUGUGUA